CUGGGGUCCUUCGUCCUGUCACUCUGGAUGACGCCAUCAGAGGGCGCGCAGCCGGUGUGAGUGUGAGCUGCAGACAUGUCUUACUGCAGACAGGAGGGAAAGGACAAAAUUAUCUUCGUAACAAAAGAGGACCAUGACACCCCGAGCAACGCCGAGCUCAUAGCGGACGACCCGAACGACCCCUAUGAAGACCAUGGUUUGAUUUUGCCUAAUGGAGAAAUCAACUGGAACUGCCCGUGCCUGGGCGGGAUGGCCAGCGGGCCGUGCGGGGAGCAGUUCAAAUCGGCCUUCUCCUGCUUCCACUACAGCCAGGAGGAGGUGAAGGGCUCAGACUGCAUAGACCAGUUCCGGGGCAUGCAGGAGUGCAUGCAGAAAUACCCCGACCUCUACCCGCAGGAGGACGAGGAGGAGGAGGAGGGCGGCAGCAAGGACAAACAGGGUACAGAGCUGGAGGCGGCACCAUCGGAGGCUGCGGAAGGCCAGGAGUCCAGCUAAUGGCGGAGAGGAGGCUGGAGCCUCCCAUUUCCAUCCUUUGCCUCCCACUGUUCUGAGGACCACAACAUGGGGAGGGGAGCUGUGCUACCACUCUGUUACCUUAUGAUUUCCUACCGUAACUGUGACACGGCCGAAUGACCCGU